AUGAAUCCUUGUCUUUUUCCAUUUUUCUCACUUCUCUUGCUACUGAUUGUGACUACAACUGCCAGCCAAUUGGUAGCCACCGGAAAAGGAGGAGGUGAUGCAAAUGCAAAUGGUGUUGUUAACAAGUGUUUGAAUAAGGAGAGACUUGCUCUCCUUCUUUUCAAGGCUCCCCUUCAAGACCCUGAUGGUAGUCUCUCUACAUGGACAGCCGACGAACGUGAUUGCUGUGAAUGGAGUGGGGUCACGUGCAACAACCAAACAGGUCGUGUCACGGAGCUUGAUUUGCAGUACUAUAAUCUCGGAGGUGAGAUUAGUAAUUCAUUGCUUAAUUUAAGCUACUUAAAUCAUCUUGAUCUUUCCCAAUAUGUAAAUUCUUUCCAUGGAAACUUACCCACCAUCAUUGGUUCCAUGACCCGAUUAAGUUACCUUAACCUCGAAUUCAAUAAUCUUUAUGGAACCAUUCCCCCAGAGUUUGGUAACCUCACCAACUUGCAAUACCUUCAUCUUGAUUCUGUUGGAAGGUGUAGUGUUGAUAACUCGGAGUGGUUGUCUCAUCUGCAGUCCCUGAGAAUGGAUGGGAAUGGGAUUUCCCUAGCCAAACAAAAUCACUGGGUAGACGUAAUUCGGAGUCUUCGGAAACUCUCAUUUUUAAGUUUAGAUGGAUAUGGGAUACCCAAGUAUCUUGGUAACCUCUGUAGUCUGAAAACUUUGUAUUUCGAUGAAAACUCUGCUGUUGUCAAAUUUCCCGAUUUUCUUGACAACUUGUCUGGAUGCACAUCACUUGCAUUAAAAGAGUUGGAUGCUUCUAAUAGCCAGUUUACAGGGUCAUUGUCCGAUGACAUCUGA